UCCAGCCCCAGAGACACUGCAGUUCUCUUUCCUCACCUUGUCUUUCCUGCCCUUAGGGCCUCACCUGCCCUGCAAGGAGAAACCCAGCCAGGAGCUCAGGUGCAAGAGGAGCCCAUGGGGAAGGUUUUCUUUCCAUCAGGGGCAACUUUCCAGAGGAUCAAGACAUUUUUAGAUGAUUGUAACAGGAGCCUGAACAAGUAACCUGACAAUUUCCUGUGGCACUGUGUCCUAAGUUUGUGGAAGGCAGAGCUGACGUAGGGGAACUGACUUCCUCUGAUGGUAGAACAAGAAAACAAUGUGCUAGCAUCCCAUUGACUGGUAGUUAUUCAGUUUCUCUUUCUCAGUUUUGGCCCUUAAAGUCUUAAACUUUCAUUUCUCUUCUGGCUCAGCAGACAUCAGACUUAGGGACCAAGUCCUCAGGACACCGUGGCCUUCAUUCGCUCCUCUCCACAGAUUCAGGAUCUCUUGGUUGGUGUCUGAAGGCCUGAGAGCCAAUCUAGAGGACAGAAUUUGGAAGAAAACACUCUGUUCUGGAAAGAAAGGGAAGGACAGAAGUUUGGUUACCCAAGGCUGAUGGAAGGAAACAUGAUCUUCCUGGUCUUCAGAGAAAGGAAAUAACAAUCCUGCAUCUGAAAUUUGUCAUUUGGGAUGAAAUAUAGCAGAGGACUUGAAAUCACUCAGGUACCUGAGCAGAAGUGUCAGGAGUACAGCCAGACAGACUCAGCAUCACAGCAACAAUGGCCUCUUCAGUCCUGGGGAUGAUCAAGGAGGAGGUGACCUGUCCUAUCUGUCUGGACCUCAUGGUGGAGCCUGUGAGUGCAGAUUGUGGUCACAGCUUCUGCAGAGCCUGCAUCACACUGAACUAUGAGUCCAGCAAAGCCGAAAAAAGGGAGAGCAUCUGCCCUGUCUGCCGAGAUAGUUACGUGUUUGGGAAUCUGAGGCCUAAUUGGCAUAUGGCUAACAUCGUGGAGAGGCUCAAGGAGUUCAAGACCAGCUCAGAGGAGGAGCAGAAGGUGGAUGUCUGUGCAGAACAUGGAGAGAAACUCCAGCUCUUCUGUGAGAAGGAUAUGGUGGCCAUCUGCUGGCUUUGUGAGAGAUCUCAGGAGCACCGUGGUCACCAAACAGCUCUCAUUGACGAGGUGGCCAAUAAGUACAAGGAGAUGCUCCAGGAUGCCCUGGUGAUACAGAUGGCUAAUGAGAAAAGUUGUGACCUGUGGAAAUAUGACCUUCAAAAGGAGAGAACUUCCUGGGAGGAAAAAAUACAGACGGAUGUAGAAAAUGUCCACAAGGGGUUUAGAGAAAUGAAAAUAUCCCUGUAUUUGAAGGAGAAUAUGCUGCAGAAGCUGAUGCAAAAAAAGGAAAACAUUGUCAAAAGACUGGAAGAAUAUGAAAAUGAACUGGAGAAGCAGAGGGAGUCAGUGAGAGACCUCAUCUCAGAUCUGGAGCAUGGGUUGCAGUGCUCAACCAUAGAGAUGCUGCAGGGUGUGAAUUGUGUCCUAAUGAGGAGUCAGAACUUAAGACUGAAACAGCCCGAAAUCAUCUUGAGAAGUCAGAGGAGGAUCUUCCGAGCUCCGGAUCUGAAAGGCAUGCUGCAAAUGUUUCAAGAGCUCCGGGAAGCCCAGCGCCACUGGGUUCACGUGACCCUGCCUCAACUCAACAAUGAAAACAUUGUCAUUAAUGUGGCCCAAAGACAAAUACAACAUAGAAGUGGUUGUAGAAGAAUUUUUAAAGUUUCUGAGUCCUAUGAUUGGGGUGUCCUAGGGUAUCCAGCUAUCCACUCAGGGAAACAUUACUGGGAAGUAGACGUGUCUGGAUGUGAUGCCUGGCUCCUGGGAAUAAAUGAUGGAAGAUGUGCUCGACCCCAGCUUCCUGCAGUGAAUGAAAAGGACUUCAAAGUCAUAAAAAAUUCUAUUGUUAAGCAGGAUAUACAAUAUCUACCCAAAUAUGGCUACUGGGUUAUAGGAAUUACACUCAGGAAACCAUGGAGUUACCUUGUCCUAGCUGCCCUGAGAAGCAUUUAUUAUAGGUUUUUUAGAUUAGAGUCCAUGGCUCCUGCAAUACAUUGUGCCUUUCAGUUCCUGAGCUACUGAUGCACUCCCCCAAAUAGUGAAGCAUUCAAACUACUUCGUGUUUCUCUGUAUGUUUCCUUAGUAGUCAAGGACACAUGGAAGCUUGACAGGACUGUAGGUCUUAGACAUUAAUUUUGCAUACCCUGUAUAGCUUCCAAACUUCAUUUUUCCCAGCAACUACAACUGUAUUGAUCCUGGCAAUUAUGAUUAUAUUCUGCAAAAAAAGUUUGAUUGUUCUCAACAAAAUUGUCAUAGCCUCUGUCUUGCCACAGGGCCCCUCCAGUCUAGGCCUUGUUUCAUUCCUUAUGGCCAUAUCAGGUAACCUUGGCCUGGUAAGUGAGCAUUGGCGCUUACAUGUGGUCUUUCUAUUUUAAUAUUCUACACUUCUAAAUACAAACCAGUAUGGGUUCUUUUCCUUGAUCCAGUUACUUGUCUGUUUACAAGACAAUAGCAAUUCAUGUCUUCCCAUAUUUCCAAAGACAAUGACUCCUCACGAGGUGAGGCAAGACCUCUGCUAACCCGCACUUCCUGUUUUGUGGUGCCACAGAUGGAAGCCAAGGCCUUGUGCAUGCUGAGGAGGUGCUCUGCCCCUGAGCCACUUGUCUCAGCUCUGCCAAGUCUCCACAACCCCACAACCCCAUUCCUCUGUCACUGACAGAAGAUGACAGAAAGUUCUUCUCCAGCUUGGAGAAAAAUAUAUGUCGGAGUCUCCAGCCUAGGAAUGAGCCUUUAAUUGUACAUCAGUUUAACUAUAAUGCUGUGCUUCAUCAAAACUUAAUAAGGAAAUAUCUCUAAUGGUAACCAUUUAAGACUGUGUUCAGAGUACCUGGGUUCUAAUUCUGUCAUUCCACAUAGAAGUGUAACUCUGUAUAGCAACCUUAAAAACUUGCGCUUUGUGGGGUUUUUGUUUUGAUUUGUUUGCUUUGUCCUGGGACCUAGAACCUAGAAACUGGGUUGCCCAGCUAUGAGACUAGUCACUCACUUCUUGGUCCAACUGGUACAGAUCCCAUCUGUGUUGAGAAGGGGCUGAGGUCCUGGGGGAUGGGUGGGUUUGUGAGGCAGAGUGGGAUUUGUAGAUUACAAGUUUUGAUGGCCAGUGGUAAUGGAGUGGUCUGUCUGCAGGAGCCUUGUCUGAUGAGUGGCUAAUGGGGCUACAAUGGGUGGGGGCAGGUCUGUUCUUUUUAACUAUUCUCAAUACUGUGCCCAUUUAUUUUAUCUUUUUGCAUACUUGUUUAAAGUAGGCAGCCAUAGCUGUUGUGUGUUCAUAACUGUGACAGACAAGUCAUAUACAGAAGACAGCAUUUAAUAGUGCUCCUCACUGUCCUCUGGCCCCUGCUUCCCUUCUGUGAUGUUACUGAGUCUUGGAGCAUGAGAUGUAGAUGCCUCAUUGAGGGCUGAGAAUUCAGCAGUCACAUCUUAGUUAGCACUUUGGCACCAUGGAACCUUAAAUUUUUAUGUUAAUUUUUUUCUCUUAUAGGCUUAAAAAAACUGAGUUUUGUUCGUUAAAGUGGUAUUAUUCUUCUUCAGAUUUUCAAGCUCUUUCUUUAGAAGUGUGGUAUCAGUCUGUAAAGACUGUACCAUUCCUAAAAAUGCCUCAUUCUUAGCCCUAUUGCCAGACCAUAUUUUUAAGAGAAAAAUAUUGAGGACAAGACAAAUCCCCAGAAUUAAAAAUAGUGAUGUAGAGGGACAUCAUAUAAGUCUUGUAAAACCUUACACAUGGUGUAAGUAAAGAGGCUAUUGAAACCUUGGACGGUUAGGUGUCUGACAUAUUGCCCUUUUAAACUUAUGAUCUAUAUUUAGGCUAUUAAAUCUUACCUGUGGUUUAAUUAGCUGGAUUAGGUGCAAUAACCGUUACCUGCUAGUAGGUGUCACAGGCUACCUACAAAACUAACCCAGCUGCACCCAGUGACGUACUUGGAGUCAUGUGACUGGUAUGAAUCUGAUUUUAGUGUGAAAUGCUGAAAGAUAUGCUUAGAUCAAAAAAUAGUUAUUAAUAUAAAUCACAAACUGUGUGUACCACGGAGGGCCCUGAUCAGUCAGCAGCCACAGGAGCACAGGGAUAGCAAGAUAAUAGCAGGUACCCAGGAAAGCCUGUAUCCAAUCUGAAUUUCCAUGCAGUGUGCGUGUGGUGGCACACAGACAGUGGGGCUAGCACACGGGGACUGGAAGCCGCUCUGAGGUGAGUAAUGAGAUAAUUUAAAGAACCAUGGCUGAUCUGCAGCAAGAAAAGCCGCUGCUUCACAAGAAUUCUAUAUCCAAAUGAACUGCUGGCUCCGUGCAGAGGCUGCAGCCAGCUGAGGGAGGGCUCUUGCCUAGCCGGGCACACUCCAAGCUGGCAGUGGGCAGUAGAGCCUGGGGGUUCUAAAACCAAACAUUUGGGCGCCAGAUGACGACGGAAGUCACAAAACAAUCCCACACCAGUUCAGAAUUAUGAACGAUAAAAGGGUUAUUUAUUUAAGCGAAAACUUACAGAUCACUGUCCUAGACAGCAGUUCUACACGUGAACAGGAACAGAAUCUAGCAGCUGGAAAUGGGAACUGGAUGCACGAGAGUGGGCGCACGGUUACUGCUGUGCAGUAUAGGAGACCAAGCCCACGUGGGCAGCUAUCUUAAAGGUUAUUGGCUGAAGGAGCAGAAUGUGCUCCCACAGCACAUGCUGCCACUUGAAAGAUGAGUAAUGAAGACAGCUCUCUCAUGCUCAAACUUUGGAGCUGGCUCACCCACACCACCAACAGUAAUGACUCUCUUUUGCAUCCCAGGGAAGGUGUGGGGGCCUGUUCUUCCCAGUGUUGCAACUGGUGGGGGACAAAGUCAGCUCUCCCGCUCUUAUGACCUCAAGGCCAGCCCUCCCACCUGCCUCAGGCCUUGAUGGGAGUGGGAGGGCGUCUCUUUCCUACCCAUGCUGUCAUGUGACAGAUGAAUAAAGACAGUCUAGAUUCUUUUCUGGAUCUCAAAGUAAGAUAGCCAAACUGUGAGAGCUUUCACAGUGAUGUGUUUCAAAUAACGAAGCCAUUAGUGAGCUUCUGAAUACCUGUCCCUUUUCCAGUUUUUCCCCCAUUUUCCAGAAAAGAAUCAAGGAAGGAAAAGAAAGGAUGGAGGAGGAGGAGGAAGAGAAAGAGGAGGUAAUAAAGAAAAAAGAAUCAAAAAAGGAAAAUAGCAAAUCCAUCUUUUCUAACCAAAUACCUUACAGUAUUACAGGUGCCCUUGGUGCCCCCACCACAGUCUCCUUCCUACCUUCCUUCUCCCUGCUUUAUGCCCCACCAAAACCGCCUUUCUACCUAUCCUCUUCCUUGCUCUCAUUAAUCUGCUAAUGAUUCUAAGAGUGCUUCAAAAAUAGACUUUGAAUCUGACCAAUUUUAAAAAAAAUAUCAGUCUCAUUGAUGCUGUGCUGUCCAAAUUAACUUCUGUGAAAUUAAAUAACAGGGUAGUUCCUCAAAAGAAACUAUUUUAAUAGAUAAUAGCAGAACACUGCAAUGGGUGAUGUAGUUGCUUUUGUAAAUUUUGGUUGUAUCAACACAAAUAAAACCAACUGUCUUUAGGAAGAA